AUGCAGGCCUGGGGCCCUGUAGUAGUGACCUUUGCCACACUGUUCGUUGUCACUGUUGAUGCCAAGAUUUAUGAACGCUGUGAGCUGGCAAGGAAGCUGGAGAAGGCUGGCCUCAAUGGCUUCAAAGGCUACACUGUUGGAGACUGGCUGUGUGUGGCACACUAUGAGAGUGGCUUUGACACCUCUUUUGUGGACCACAAUCCAGAUGGCAGCAGUGAAUAUGGCAUUUUCCAGCUGAACUCUGCCUGGUGGUGUAACAAUGGUGUCACACCCACCCAGAACCUCUGCCACAUGAAUUGUAAUGACCUGCUCAACCACCAUAUUCUGGAUGACAUCAUGUGUGCCAAGAAGGUUGUAUCCUCACGUAAGAGUAUGAAGGCCUGGGAUUCUUGGACUCGGCACUGUGCUGGUCAUGAUUUAUCUGACUGGCUCAAGGGGUGUGAUGUGCAUCUGAAAACUGUCCCAAGCAAUAUUGGGUAG